ACGUCUAAGAUGAAUUCCGCACUGCAAUUUAGCUGCCUUUUUGUUGUCGUUGGAUGUCUCCUGGGAACAGGACGCUGCCAAGGUGAUGAUGAAUUCGUGACUAAGGGGCGUGGACUCAUCGCCGUGUUUGGCAACCCUUCGACCGAUACAUCCACUAGGGCCCGCAAUGUGCCUGCCCUUGUUGAUUACUAUGAGAAAUACAAUAAUAAGCUGGAGCUAACAACUGAGGAAAGACUUAAUGCUGAUAAUUUUAUAAGGAGGUAUAAGGAUCAAACAUCCCAAAAAGUCGAUGGUGUUUCGGCCCAAGGAGGAUAUGG